CGGCAUAAGUGUUAUGCUGGGGUUCGCGGCUCCGCCGGCGGACAUCGUGUUUCCGGUGCGCGUCGAGCCGCGCGCAUACUUUGCGAACGAGCGUACGCUCCUCAACUGGUUCGAUCUAGCGGCAACGCUUACCAUUGUCGGGGCUGCGCUCCAGAGCGGCCGCAAUUCGUUCACCGUCCAAUCUGUGGGCCUCGCGCUCAGCUGCCCGGCGGCUGCCUUUGUGCUCUACGCGUUGCGCAUGUACGCGCUGCGCUUCAACUCGCUAGAGUACAAGCGACCUCAGAACUUUGAGGAUCAGGGAGGCACGCUCCUUCUGGCGCUCCUCCUGACAGUCAUGAUCGUCACUCAGAGCUCUGUGGCCAUCCUCGCAGCAAUGGGCAGCGAAGGUGGCAGCAUGCGCGCCUUUGCCGCCUGGCCCAUUGUCGCAUGACGUGAGGCGGGCGGCCAGGACCGCGCGUCGAGCGCCAAGCGUGGGGAUCAGAGUGUUCGCGUCCGUCGUGCGCGGUCGCCCCUCACGUGAGCCGUGUCUCGUUUCGUCGUCGUCGGGCACCACGGCGACACCAGGACGGCUCUCCAAAAUGACCGUCGGUCCGCUCCGCUCUGCGUCUGCCGCUCGGACGCCGUAUGUGCGGGGCUAGGUGUGGGCGGGCGAACCGGGGAUUUCCCCUCGCGUAUACCACCGCCGGCGCGCGGCGGUCUCGAGCCGGCGGUAGUGGGAAGUGGGGGAAAUGGUGAUUUUUGAAUGAACGCCUCGCGCAAAACCACCGCUACCAUGCCAAAGAAGACCCUUGUGGGCUAUCCAGAACACCUAAGAUCAUGCCCUAGCUCUAAAGUGGGCCCGAGAGACGCCAGCUAAACCCCGGAUUUUUCCGGCUGGCAGCGGGCCACACAUGGCCGGCUACCCAAGCGGGUCGCACGGAGACACGGGAAGGCUGCCGCAAGCCGCCUCCGGGUGCAGGGGCCCGGCGCGGUGGGCGGGGGCAACGACCCGGCAGCUGGCCGCGCCUCUCCCCCCCCCGCCCGUCGCCGCUGCACCCCUUGCCGCGGCCCUCGUCGCUGCU